GCCCAGAGAGGCAGGCUAGGGAGGGCGGGAGGGAGGGAGCGGGAGCAAAAGAGGAGGAGGAGGAGGAGGACCCGGGAGGAGGUGGCGGCGCGGGAGGAGGAGGAGGAGGGGCGCCGCCGCCAAGCCACUAGCCCCGGCUCCAACGCGCUCCUCUCCAGAUACUCCGGGAGCUCCGGCCGCGCGGAUAGCGCGCCCCCGCCGCUCUGCCCCCAAACUUAGGCUGCAGCUCCAUUUCAAGCCAUCGAAUUUAUUCCUCCAAAUCAGGAACUGAACAGCGACGCGGGAGGGAGUCCGCGAAGGAGUAAAACCACAGCCGGUCGAGAAGAGCUCCCGAGAGCCGCCUUUCCGAAGCACGAACUCCGUGUCGGGAGUGCAGAAACCAACAAGUGAGAAGGCGCCGCGUUCCCGGGGCGCAGCGCGGGCCGCCGGAGCAGGCGCAGGAGCAGAUAGCGAGCGCCUCCGAGCCCCAAGCCUCAGCCCCCGAGCCCAAGCCGCGGUCGCUGCGGCUGUUCGGCUCCCUCUGCGCGGGCUGUGCCUAGAGCUGGACAAGAGGCUUCGUUUCGCCCUCGUUGCAAGCUGCGGCUGGGAGCAGCCGGUCCCAGGGGAAUAUGCAGCGUGCGUGGAUCUUGCUCACCUUAGGCUUGGUGGCCUGCGUGUCGGCGGAGUCGAGAGCAGAGCUGACAUCUGAUAAAGACAUGUACCUUGACAACAGCUCCAUUGAAGAAGCUUCGGGAGUGUAUCCUAUUGAUGAUGACGACUAUGCUUCUGCAUCCGGCUCGGGAGGCGAUGAGGACAUAGAGAGUCCAGAGUUGACGACAUCUCGACCUCUUCCAAAGAUUCCCUUCACGAGCACUGCUCCCAAAGUGGAAACCACGACGCUGAAGACACAGAAAAAGAUGCCUGCGCAGACCAAGUCACCUGAAGAAAUUAAUAAGGAAGAAGUUCAGAACUCUGACUCAAAAAGGAAAGUGGACUCUACUGAUGAGAAUACAAAUGUGUACACUGAGAAGCACUCAGACAAUCUGUUUAAACGGACAGAAGUCCUAGCAGCUGUCAUUGCUGGUGGAGUUAUUGGCUUUCUCUUUGCGAUUUUCCUUAUCCUGCUGUUGGUGUACCGCAUGAGAAAGAAGGACGAAGGAAGCUAUGAUCUUGGGGAACGCAAACCAUCCAGUGCUGCUUAUCAGAAGGCACCUACUAAGGAGUUUUACGCAUAAAACUCACACUUUAGUGUCUCUAUUUAUGAGAUCACUGAACUUUUCAAAAUAAAGCUUUUGCAUAGAAUAAUGAAGAUCUUUGUUUUUUGGGUUUUUUUUGUUAUUUUUCAUUGAAGAGCCAUUCUGGCACUUUAAUGACAAAAUCCCAUUGUAUUUAAAACUUUUCAUGUAUUUCUUUAGAACAACGUAAAAUUAAAAUUUAACAUCUGCAGUGUUCUGUGAAUAGCAGUGGCAAAAUAUUAUGUUAUGGAAACCCUGGAUGUUCAUAGAAUUGGUUUAAACUUUUAUGCGCAAAUGCAAAAUGAUUGUUUUUAACCUAUGGUUCGAAGAUAAAAGCUGUGUCAUUUGUGUCAGCAUGUCUCAGAUGGACCUUACCAAGUUGGUCUUACUUUUGUUAAUUUAUCUGUUGUACCCUCUUCUCUGCCCUCUCCUCUUGUCCCCUUAAAAACCAAACCAAACCCUAUGCCUUUUGUAGCUGUCAUGGUGCAAUUUGUCUUUGGAUGAUUCAAAUAAUGGUAACUUAGUGUACAUGUGAUUUUUCAAAUAAUGUAAACUUUAACCUCCACUUUGUAUAAAUCUUUAAAUGUCAGACUAUCCAUUUUACACUUGCUUUAUUUUUCAUUACCUGUAGGUUCAGGCAGAUUUGCAACAGCAAGUUAAUGUGUAAAAUUGGAUUAUUACUACAAAACUGUUUAGUCCUAUCUAUCUAAUCAGAUCUUCUUCUGGGAGGAUUUGAUGUGAAUUACUGACAAGCCUCAGCAAACCCAAAGAUGCUUAACAGUAUUUUGAGAAGUUGCUGCAAAUUUCUUUGGCCACUGUAUUUGUUAAUUUCUUGCAAUUUGAAGGUACGAGGAGGGGUUUAAAGAAAAAAAAAUCAGUUUUUGUUCUUAAAAAUGCAUUUAAGUUGUAAACAUCUUUUUAAGCCUUUGAAGUGCCUAUGAUUCUAUGUAACUCGUCGCAGACUGGUGUUAAUGAGUAUAUAUAACAGUUUAAAAAAGUUGGUAUUUUAUAAGCACAGACAAUUCUAAUGGUAACUUUUGUAGUCUUAUGAAUAGACAUAAAUUGUAAUUUGGGAACAUAAAAACUACUGAAUAAAUCAUGUGGCCUAAUAUUGAAAAUGUCACUGUUAUAAAUUCUGUACAUUUUCGAUCAAAUGUACAUCUCCCCUUUGCUAACAACCGUCUGCUCUCAAGGAUGACGUGGGUUUGAUUUCUAAGUGUUUCCACAGUAUCUGUAAAUCAAGACCAAAGAGCCUGUCAAUGAGCUAUUUAUUACCAAAUUUACUUCUGAAUUGGCCAGAGGAAAUCUGAAUGUAUGAUCCUGUGUGUGUCUGGGUACUGAUACUAGAAGGCUGCCAGGGAAUUUUGACGUUUGCAACCUUUAUAGAAUAGAUAAUGGCAGUACUGAGACAGAUGCAUAACUUUUAAGACUGUAAAUUCCAAAGAACCAAAGGGGGCUUUCUGGAAGGAGGUGUCUCAGGCUUAGUCCUAUAGAUUGACUUACCUUUGAAACUAUUCCUGAAGCUUAACAGAAGAGCCAGUAUACAGAACACCACAGGUCACUAUAUGGAAGGAGGGAAGGGCAGAGAGGCCUUGCGUGUUACAAUGAGGACCCUGCUGCUCAGGAUUGAAGUUGCUCAAGUGACACUUGAGGAUGUGAAGGUCUGAGGGUGCCCUGUCUGGUACUUACUGUACUGAACAUUUCCUUUUCCUAUUUUAUCAUUCAUUUUGUUUUAAACUGAGUUAUGGAAGUGGGAAGAAGACAGAAAACAAGUGAUUUUUUUUCCAACAUAUAACUUACUUUAUUUAAUAAAGUUCGAAUGAUUCAUUUAGAGAACAUUCCCUGGAAUUGCCACAGAACUCACUCUAAUUUUUUUUUUGGUUUUGUUUUUAAAGCUACACUUAGAACAGUGUUUGCCUAAAUCUUUAAUGGCCUUAAUUCUCAAAUGCCUGCCCCAUCACUUCCAGACUCAGUUAACUUUGCUUAGAGUGAUUAAAAGGAAAUGAUAGGCCCUUCUCAAGCCACACAGUCCCCCUCAAUCACAGAGAUUAAGAAUGCAGUGGGUAUACCUCUCAAUGUGCAAAGCAGAGUGAAAUUCUAUUCAUAGAAAACUUGCUUGGAAUAUCCGUGCCAGGAAAAGAAAUUUUCUGGCAAAUAUUUUGUCACUGCUGUAAAGCAAAAUAUUUGUUAAAGUGCCAAAAUAAAGUCUGUCAUGGCGAAAGUAAA